AAUGGCGGCAAUCUUGAUGCAGUGCAGUGAGUGCGACAAAAUCUACGCUGAUUCUGAUGCUUUUAACAACCACCUAUGUAUACAAAACACUAGCAGUGUAGAAGAAGUGUACACAGAACCUAUUGGUCCUAUUAGCACUUUAGUGCCAUCCAGAUUUCAUAGAUUGAUGCCAAAACAGAUACUGAAGUCGUACCUGUCUUCAAGUCAUUCAUACUCUGAAACAUUUGCCAAAAUGGUAGGACCAGCAGACAUACCAGUAAUAACAAAAAAACGAAAGGACGAGGUGUAUGAUCAUAUUAUGAGUAACCUAAGUGAAGAUGGGAAAAUAGCUGUAAAAGAAAUAGAACCAUGGGUGUUCAACACACUGAUUGAUUGGUCUACCCCAUUUGAACAUUUUGUUUGUACAGCACCUUUACCUGAUAAUUCAGAAGUUUUUAAACAAAUAGAGCCUGUAACCAUGGCAACAGCACAAUCCUCCCAAAGUUCAGUAAAGGCUAACUGGAGCAAGGCAGCUUCUUUAUCCUUGAUUGGCCUCCACCAAAAACAUCAAACUCUGUUUGAAAAACCUUCUGUGAAAAAGAAGGAUGUAUGGCUUAAAAUAAGUAAAGCUAUGGCAGAGAAGAAUUACCUAUUUAAUCCAGCACAAUGUGAACAAAAGUGGAAAAACCUCACAAAGGUCUAUAGAGACACAGUCGAUCACAACAGGAAAACAGGAAAUGAACGUAAGGAAUGUGCAUUUUUUGAAGAACUUGAAGAAUGCUAUGGGUACCGUCCUAAUGUAACACCCCUCUACACAAUGGGGUCAAAUGCAGAAUUGUCCUCAUCCAGUCAAGCAGACAUAGAAUUUAACCAAAAACAAAAAGAAGACAGUGCUGCAGAUUUAGAAGUACCAGUUCCCAAAAAGAAAAAAACGAACUCCACUAACGAAGAUGUUAUGAAAUUGUUAGCCACAAUUAAGGAUGACCAACAUGAAUUAGUGAAUGUAAUAAAGAAACAGCACGAUGACAAGAUGAACCAAGAGGGGAAAAAACUUGAAUUGCUAGAGAAAAUGAUAAAUACAUUUGCAAACACAAACAAAUGAGUUAUGCCAUUAAGGCAUAAUUUCUAGUUUAUUGAAUUAUGUUUGUUAAGCCAAUAAGCCUUAUAAGGCAUAAUUUCUAUUUUGUUAAAUUGUGUUUGUUAAUGAA